UCGCAAGUCAUUUUUCUCCAGUAUAUCACCCAAAAUGUAAUAUAUGUGAUGCUCUAAGGUGAAAUUAAAUCAGUUGCAGUUAUUAACUGGAUACCGUGUGCAAAGUUAAGGACAAUAUGUCUUUGCUAUUUUACCAGACAGUCAGUACGAUAUCCGUAGUCCUCAAUGGGAAGUAUUCGGUAGGUUUUGUGUAGUUGUGUAUUUGGGCGACUGAGGUCUAUGAUCGUGACUUUCCUUGUUGGAAUUAUGUCCUUGUUUUUAUGUUCUAAGGUUCAAGAAGUCUCUGAUUAUUGAUCAAACAAUAUUUUUCAAUUGUUUAAUUAUUGAAGACAAUUGUUUUCUAGACAUAAUACUUCUCCAGUGAUUGACAGGAAGCUGUUUCGGUCCCAAUCUCAUGAUAGGCUCAACCUACAGUUGCCCUCCUGACGCCGAAAACAGUAAGGACAAUUAAGUAACUACUGCGAUCAUGAUUUGUUGUUUUACUGGUGCAUGUUAAGGCUUCUAUUCCGGUUCAGUCCUGAGGCCAACGCGACCUGUUAAGCUCAAAAUCAACAGAAAUCAUCUGUUACCGGUAUCUAUAUUAGUUAUUGACCGUCAGACCAACUACCCUACCCAAACGACAGACAACAUGGCAACAAUAAUACACCGCCUCUUCAAGAAGAAAAAUAUCAAAACAGCUCAGUACCAGCGGGCUUUUAGAAUCAUAAUGGAAUUUUCCAUCUUUCCAGCCUGACAUGGUCAUUGUUGAUAAUACCAUCUGAUUUACUUUACCUGUAUAUAGUAAAUAUCUAAUAUAUAUCUUGCACCGAUAUAGAUAGAAACAAGCCUUUGGUAAUCUGUGGAGGUUUCACUAAUUCUAUUUCAUCAUCAAACUAGCGUUGUUUUUGUCGAGUGGUGGCGGUAAAAUGUCUCUUCAUACAUUCGAUCAAAAGCUUUCAGCACCACAUAUAUAUUGUGUUUCGUCUUUCGGCUCUUUCUGCAAUAUACAUAUUCCAAAAUUUCAAUGCACCUGUCUAAAUUCUAGUUUAUUUUGUCCUGACCAUUGUUUCCACGCUAUGUGCAAACCCAUUAUUUUAAACAAGAAAAUAUACGCAGCUUUUUAUGAAAUGCAUUCAUGAAGGUUCCUUGUACACCGCCAUAUGAACACAUCUUCAGAUGUCUCUAAAUUGUUUUCUGAUACUUGUAGCAUGUGCAAAUGUUGAGUUCUGUUAAACCCGGGGCGUGUGCGAUAGCAUGCAUUUCCACUUCUGUCCAUAAACAGGCUCAUUCAAAUCGAGCCAUAAACAUUGUCAUUUUCAUUUUCGUCGUGUUGGGUGACCUGUGCAGUGUUCACUUUUUUCUAAUUUUGUAACUCACAAAUGUUUUCGGCGUCAAUAAUUCAUCUAUGUACAGGUGUGAUAAAUAAAUGUUGAUUCUCAUAAGAAUUUGUUUGAAUGUGUCUGCCACAUACAGAAACUAUUAAUAUGUUGUUAAAUCCUGCUUUUGAUAACUUUUUGUUUUUGUCUUAAGAUUGUCAAAGGGGCCUCCGUGGCGAGCGGUUAAAGUUGCUGACUUCAAAUCACUGGCCCCUCAUCGAUGUUGGUUCGAGCCUCACUCGGGGCGUUGAAUUCUUCAUGUGAGAAAGCCAUCCAGCUGGCUCACGGAAGGUCGGUGGUUCUACCCAGUGCCCGCUCGUGAUGAAAUAAUGCACAGAGGGGCACCUGGGGUCUUCCUCCACCAUUAAAGCUGGAAAGUCUCCAUAUGACCUAUCAUGUGUCGAUGCGACAUUAAAUCCAAAAAAGUAAAUCAGUCAAAGGUUUAGAUAUUGAUAACAAUAGUAGAAAGUUUAUUUGAAUUUAUUCUUUUUGGCUACCUUCCUUUAUGGCUCUCACUUGACACUGUUUCAUUCGUUUGAACAUAAAAUUUAAAGCCUUAUGGAGUUUAAAACAUUUGUACUUCCAUAGAUGUUCACAGGCGAUCUUACAUUAAUUAUAUCAAAGUUGUAGAGCUGUUAAAGGGUAGCAGUGGGCAUACAUUAAAUAAAUCGGAGGACGCAAGUAAUAAGCAUGUAGAGAUUCCUGCGAGUAGGGAUAUUGAAUUUAAGAACCUUAUAAUGAAAGAACUAAUGUAUUAUGAAGGAGAUAAAGCCCGCCGACAUAACACAAAAAGGAAACAAAAGUAAUAAAAGAGAUUGAUGUUAGCAAUGUUCAUACUGAUUGCAUUUGUUGGUCUUGAAAUUGAAUUGUAUUAAACAAAAGUAGAGAAAUGUAUAAAAUGCAGAAAGGUCUUUAUGUAAAUAAAAUCUAAAACGAAAAUACAAUUACUAUGUAUAAAUGAAUAUUCUAAACGCCAAGUUACUACGUUUUUUCCUAGUAUUUUGUCAUCAGGAAGAUCACUGGUUCGGCGUUUUAGAAACCGCAUAUCACAAGUAUACCUAAAGAUAUUUAAUUGCACAUUUAAGAAAAAUUCAUUUUGCCAUUUUGUAUGUAGUGUUUAUAAAUGAAUCAUAAAGCUAGGGUCAUUUUCACUUAAAUUAUCGAGUUUUCACAAUAACAUACUUAGUAAAGUUUAGUUACCAAGCGUUAUUUUAUGGAUACAUUCUUAAGUAUCCGUUAUUGUAAGCCCAGGAGGUAUGACCUGUUUAAACUCUCCGUCCCUUAUUCCGUUUGUCCAUCACUGUAUCUUGUGUUUUUUACUACAUCUACAGUUUUCAGAUUUAAGUGAAACUGGGUGUUUAAAUACUACUGUUUAUCAGCAUCAGCUGGACAUGUAUAUAUUCUUUGGACUUUUUUGUCCGAUUUAUUUUCUUAAGUUACGCUUCUUUCCUACAAAUUCUUAAGCAAUUUUCUGCCUAAAUUCUCCUUCAGUUUCCACUCUAUUUAAAUGAAAAUAGAUACAUGUAUACAUCAACAUCACGUGAACAUGCGCAUAAUUUUUGGAGUUUCAUGUCCAAUUUGUUUUAGUUAUGUCCAUUUUUAAAAACAUAAUAUCACAACUACAUCUACAACAGGUUAGGGUACUCAACUCUUCAUACAGUUUCGAUCAAAUUCAAACAAAACUUUGUAUAACUUAUCAACAUUAGGUAAACAUACGCUAAUUAUCGAGCGUUUCUACUUUUUUAAGUUAUGUCUCUUUUUUGGACAUUUUACCAUUGUUUUAUAAAUGAUCGAUCUUUUCAUUCGGGGUGAGGGGAAGCAUGUAUCUACUCUAUAUAGCCGACUGUCAAUUUUACUAUAAUGUGCGUUUAAGGGAAGGGAGACAACUCCGUUUAUAAUUUACAAAUUACUAGUCAUCAUUAUCUUUCUUGUUUCUGUAUAUCGUUUCUAUUCAUAAAAAGGCAAAGUUUAUUUCAUUCAUGAGUGUGCAACGAAAAAUAAAAACAAAGCGAAUCAUUAUCUACUUUUUAUGAUCCGGAUUCGUGUAUAAUGCUGGCAUGUUCAUGUGAUUUUGCUUUAAAUCUUUAUAUUAAUUAAGAAAUAAUAUAUCUCAUCGGUGAUUUGUCGCUGAAUAAAUCACUGCUUGGAGUUCAGAUGCGAAGGAAUUAUAUCACGAGGGCGUAGCCCGAGUGAUAUAAUGCUACGCAUCUGAACGACAAACAGUGAUUUAUUCAAGAGCAAAUCACUAAAUGAGAUAUAUUAUUUCGAUUCUAACACGUUAUCAAGGACUUUAAAGUACACCUUGUCGGCUUGCAUUAAAUAUUUGCCCGUUUUCAAUCGGGUUCUUUUCCAGCGCGCCGUUACGCCGCUUGACGCUAUGACGUAAUAGUUGUGACGUCAGAACAGUGAAUUGUUGUUUAAUAAAUCACUGUCUCCAGCCUUCUUUGUUUAAUAGGAAAAUGAAUCGGAUCGUGUUAGAAUGCAAAAUAUAUACUCAUAUAUUCAUUUGAAAAUAAAAGUUAUUUUGACCCAGAAUCGAGAACCAAGCUAGACUCUUAAACGCGUUUAUACUACAUAUUAAAUGUAUUCGCUAAGACAGAUCAAUGUAACAGACUGUGUAUCAAGCAUUCAAGGUGACUGACAUUGAAAUGGUAUAUAUUAACCAGUUUCGGUACAUGUAACAUAUUUUUAUCUGUAGACUUGUACGAUUUUAUAAAACCUCCAUUUAAGAUCAUAACAAUGUUAUUGUUUUAUGUACUUCGAGGUAUAGUAGUCGCAACUUGACCGCGAUGGUUGACCUUAGGCUGAUUAUUCAUAUCGGUUAUUUCACUAUAGAAAUCAAGGGUACUUAGGGUAGCCAUGUAUAUUUAUAUGGAAUUAGUUUGUAUACAGUGCAGUAUCAAAGUAUAUAUACUUACAUUUGAUCAAUUAAAACUUCCCAAUACACUAAUUUAUAUUUACACAAAAUUAAAUUUUCAUUUUUCUCGUGCAGCUCGUGUUUUACGUAUACUCCUUUUCAGUAAUAGGUUGUGCCUCAUUAUGUAUUAUAAUGCAAAGGUCAACCAUCGGGGUCAAGUUGCAUCCACUAUACAUAGGCUAUGUUUGUAGGAUCCUCCGAAUAUCCGUGGACAUAAUUACAUAUUUAUAUGAACAUUUUUGUUGUUUUAUUAUCUUGAUUUUGUUUUUAUUUUAUUUAUUUAUUUUUUUAGCUUUUACACCAUAUGUGCGUGUAAAUAUAAAUAAUUCUAUUUACCAGUACAAACCUGUUCUCCGCAAGUAACUGCCAACUUCCCCACAUGAAUCAAAGGUGGAGGACUAAUGAUUUCAGACACAAUGUCGUUUAUCAAAUAGUCACGGAAAACAUACGCCCAGCCCGAGGAUCGAACUCACGAUCCCGCGAUCCGUAGAUCGAUGCUCUACCUACUGAGCUAAGCGGGCGGGUUAUCGGUUUUGUACAUGUACUUGGAGGUGGUUUGCAUUCAACAGAUCUAUUAAAAUCUUUUUCGUUAUAACUCAGAUUUGGUGGUUCGGCUAGCAUCUAGUUGCGACUGCUGCACUGCCGUCUGAAAAUGUAUUUUUUUCAGUUUGAAGUGACAUAUUCUCACACAUAUCCAAUCUGAUGUAACAGAAAAUAUGGAAUGUUGAAUAUAUCAAUUUAUCAAUUUUAUUUUGAAGUUUAAAAAAAAUCAGAAACAAAUGAACAAGAAAUUUAUCAAUUAAAUAUUAAUGCAUACCUCUGGGAUAAAACAAAAUUUAAUAAAUCAAAAUCUAACUACAAUAUACUAUAGAAAAAUGGACAGACAUAUUUUUUUUAAUAUUCAUUAACGUUUAUUUUGAUCAUCUAGCUCAGUCUAAGUCUUACAAUACAUCUAGCCACAAAUAUGCAUCUAGCAGGUUCGGUUUCAUACGACCUACAGCUUUGUAUGCAUAAGACCGAAAACCCGGCCCUUAUACCGAGUUAUCAUUGAUGCGGAGCUAUGAUUAAUACGUAUGGUUCGUUCCUUCUCCACUGAUUUUUUUUUGCUGGACAAAGGCGUUCAUACCAAAGUAAACAGAAAUCAUGAAAUGAAAAAUGUGAAACUCAACAUCUGUCUUUAAUGUGUGUCGAAUUAGAAAAUGUUUGGUAAUUUCAGGGGCUGAUAUCAAGGGCCAAGACAACUAUGUUGUUCCACACAAACUAUGGGCAUAAGGUCACACGCCAAUCAGAUGUGAUAAAUUAGAAAUAUAACAAAGUUAUUGUAUAAAUCAAACAGACACCAUUUUCUUAUCUGAUGGUUUCAGUUUCAAUAUUCAGGUCCACGGAUCCCAUCUGUUCAAGAUGGUUGACUUCUCAUUUCCAGCCUUAAUUACCAAGCAGUGAUUUUUCUGUAAAUGAUUUUAUCGAGCCUGAACCUUGUUCCGUACAAUACUUGAUAUUUGAUAAUGCAGUAGAAAUUGUACAACAUUUAGGAAUCUCUGUUAGUUUGGCAAAAAAAAAAUGAUACUAGAUUUGCAUAAAAUAUUGCCCCAGUUUAUUUAGCCAGUUUUGAUCUUUUGAAUAUUUAUUCGGAAAAUGUUGCCUCAAGAUAUAUCUGUUUCCUGUUUAUUUUUUGAAAGUUUGCACCCUUCAUUUACGGGACUCCCAAAAAAUGAAAUAUGAUAUUUUUUUCGUUAAACCCUUUGUUAAUUGGUUUUUACCAAAUGAUAUUGUGUUGGUUUAUUAAAAAAACCUUUUUGGCAAUUUUACAAAGCCCAAAAUACAACAUCAACGAGUGAUAUAGUACAGUACACACAGUGGAAUUUGGCUUGGAAUGGGUACCGUGUGCACAGAUUAGCCAAACAUUGCAAACAUUGCAAAUCACGCUCUAAAAUGGAACCAAAAGGGCGACUCGAAGGCGCGUCGCUCGCCCGGCAAAUCGAGCUGCGUUGCAAUACGAUGAAGCCAAAGCUCAGUCCGAUGAUCAGCAAUGAUGUCGGCACAAUGAUCCAGACGAAUGAAGAGGACUAAUAAGUAUAAAUGCCACGUCAGAAGACUCGAGCAAGGAAUGCAAAUGCUCAUACUGCCAUUACUGGUGGGAGUGCUACGUCCAAUCGACGCAGGCGGCGUGAGAGGCGCCAACAAGUUGCCAGCAAUCUGGCUAGCUUAUCACAAGACAGUAACGUUAAUGCUCUGACAAACAUUGCAUUAAACAUCUCAAAUGUCAGUUUGGAUCCUUUCAACCAGAGUUAUGGAUCUAGACCAGAUCUGCCAUGCUCCGGCGAACACCAACCGGUUAAAGAUACAUCGGUCAGUGAUAACGGACAAAAUGAAUUCUAUCAGCCUAGUGUACAAAACUCGAAUGGACAAAGUGCUAAUUGCUGAAUCCAAGCAGCGUACUCGAAUAUGCAAGUCAUGGAGGGACAAAAUCUAGCAGCUCCUUAUUGGAAUAUUUCAGUAAUUACGCAAUAUUCGGACACUGGAGAUAAUUCAAGUUAUGGCAAUACAUUCCAGCCGUACCCUACGCAAACUCCUACGCAACAAUCUGUGUCUCAACAAACUCCUACGCAACAAUCUGUGUAUCAACAAAUUACAAUGCAACAAUCGGUGCAUUAGCAAACUCAAAUGGUUCCUAACAGUUAUGGCAAUGAAUUCCAGCCGUACAUUAUCGGUAUUGGUUCAACCGAUGGUAACAAUUCCUACGCAACACUCUGUGCACCAGCAAAUUCCUACGCAACAAUCUGUGCAUCAGCAAAUUCCUACGCAACAAUCUGUGUAUCAGCAAAUUCCUACGCAACAAUCUGUGCAUCAGCAAACUCCAAUGGUUCCUAACAGUUAUGGCAAUGAAUUCCAGCCGUACAGUAUCGGUAUUGGUUCAACCAAUGGUAACAUUAUACCUGCCAACAUAGCACAUAGCGGAACCCAACAGACAGUUCAAGCAGCCACAGGCACGAAUAUUAGCAACGAACCUCAACUGUCAGAAAUGGGCACGCAAACGAACCAUAUAAGCCUAGAGGCGUUCCAACAAAUAUCACAAGGUUCCCUUGACCCCAGCAUCGACCUGACUUUACAUGCCCAAUUAGGGGACCUCAGCAAUACGCCAAUAGACAGAUCGCGUCUAGAAACAUGGCUCCAAGAUUACGGCCACAGUGCAUCUUCUCAACACGAAAUUAGCCGGCUAAUACACGGUUCUCUAGCUGAUAGUACACAUAAGACUUAUAAUUCAGGAUUACGUUCUUUCGAAAAUUUUAGAGACAAUAUGAAUUAUGUUAAGCAAUGGCCUCCAACGGUGCAACAAUUACAAGAGUAUAUUGCGUGUUUGUCCCAAAGAGGAUAUGCACAUAGAACAGUAGGUUGUCAUAUUGCUGCUAUCGGAUUUACAUUUAAUAUUAAUGGGUUACUCGACACCACCCAACAUUUUAAAAUAAGAAAAAUGUUAGAAGGAAUGAAACGAUUGCAAAAUAGAUCAGACGCUCGAAAACCGAUCAGUUUCCAAUUAUUACUAGAUCUUUAUAACAGUUUGCGUUUCGUUUGUACUUCUUUCUAUGAAACUUUACUUUUCAAGACAGCAUUUCAGGUAGCAUUUUUGGCUUGUUGAGAGUGAGUGAAUUGUAAUUCACAAAUAAGGAAAUUACCAUACACCCUGACUAUGUUCAACUCUACUUAGCCUCCUCAAAAACCGAUCAAUUUAGAAAUGGCACAACUAUAAAAAUAUAUUACUCUGCAGAAUCCGCAAUGCUAAAAGCGAACCUUUUACAAUAUGCAGCUAUUAGACCAAGCAUACAAGGUCAAUAUUUAUGUCAUUCCAAUGGCAGUCCUUUGAUACAGUACCAAUUCAGACAGAUUCUGCGUAAAGUAUUAGCGUCUCUCGGACAUUUGAAUGAUUACUUUCAAACACAUUCCUUUCGGAUAGGCGGUGCAAUUCAUUUAUACCGUACAGGUGUCCCCGAACAUGCAAUUCAAACAUUUGGACGUUGGAGGUCAAAUGCUUAUAAAAAUUAUAUCAGAUUAUAAGGAGUUUGUUAAAUACUUUCAGAUAAUACUCAAGUAUGGAUAGUUGGGUCUUCGAUUGUCCGGGACCUCUUCUAUCGUGUUCACACUGGGAAUUUUCAACUGCCGGGUGUAAACAGCUUUUGGGAUUUCCAGCCCGGUAUGCAAAUGCAUCAUUUAAGUAGUAAAAUUUAUGAUUUGUUAGCUUCAUAUAAACCACCUCAAUAUUUAGUCGUUCAUUGUGGAGGAAAUGAUAUAGGUCAAAGUCCAUUAAACGAAACAGAACUGUUAGCUAUCAACACAUUACAAGAAAUACAGUCUGCGACUAAUACUAGAAUAAUUUGGUCUCAGAUACUGCCCAGAUUAGUAUAUCGCAACGAGAUUAAUCAUUUUAAUAAGUGUCGGCGUCGGUUCAAUACCACACUGGCAAAACAUUGUAUUCAACGUGGUAGUGCAUACAUCAGAUAUCCUCAAAUUACUGAGAAAGCUUAUAUGUUCAGUGAUAAUGUUCAUCUCUCAGAAAUAGGGAACGAUAAUUUUAUAAGUAAUCUCAGGCACGGAUUGUACUCGAUCUUAUACAAUAAUGCAACAUGUUUUCCUGAAGAGAGAUUGUAAAACUUUGUGUUUCAUGUGAGUCAUAAUGCUAAAGAUCGUGGAACAUUAACAUUUAGAUAAAUAUCAUUUUUUGCCAGACACUCUUAUUAUGUAUCUGAAAAUCCAUUGCUUAGAUAUUUAAGAAUUCUGUACAUCAGUAUAGAUUUUUGCGAAAUUACUAUAGGAUAAUAAUAAAAUUGAAUUGGUCGGUCUUUCCGCCGGCCAUCUAACCAUCUUAGCAGCUAACAAAAGUCCGAUAUCCGGCCCAGCUCCCGAAAUCUGGAGUUACUCAAUCCUUUCGAAAUCCGAAGUCUUUAUCUUUUAUCUAGUGCUAGUUAUCAAAUCAUUGAAUAUGAGGCUAUAGGUCGGCCAUCUCAAUAAAUUUCAGAGUCCGAUAUCCGGUCAAGCUCCCGACAUCCGGAGUUACUAAAUCCUUUCGAAAUCCGGAGAUUUUUUUAUCUAAUGCUAAUAAUUAAAUGAUCGAGGAUGAGCCUAUUGGUCAACCAUCUAAGUGAAUUACGGAGUCCGAAAUCCGGCCCAGCUCUGGAAAUCCGGAGUUACUCUGCCUUUCGAAAUCCGAAGUUCUUUUUAUUUAGCGAUAUAUAUUGAUAGAAGAUGAGCCAUAACCUGUUAGUCGGCCGUCUUUGCGAACCGUGGAGUCAAAUUUCCGGCCCAGCUCCCGAAAUCCGGAGUUAGCUUGCAUUCUGAUAUCAAGAGGCUAGGCUUUCUUAUAUCCAGAGGAAAACUUCCAAUAUCCGGAGGCUUAAAUAUGUUGCAUAUUCUUUUCUUCACAGGACUUUUUGGGAGGGUCCCUUGAUAUGUUGGGCGCCAUCAUAUACAAAAUUUUUAGUAAUUAUCGAAAAAAUCAUAUACAUUAAUUAGGGUGGUUUGGGGUAUUUGAUAAAACAGCCCUAGUCCUUUUGGCAGGGCUCGGUCCGCGGUGUCAUUCGAACCUCUGCCCGAGUUAUGGCAUUCUAGUGCUGAUUUUAUCAAAUUGUUUAACAUUAUAUUAACGAAUUACGCUAUUGUAUAUAGAUAUUUGUCAUAGUUAUAGAUAUGUCAGUAAUGUGCAUUUAAAGCACACGUCGUAUAUCUCAUAUAUUCAAUUAUCAGUCAGUCAUGGCCAAACCAAAUGCCAUCCAAAUAUAAAAAAAAAAAAACAACAUAAAUAAAUAAAAAGUUCUAUCUCAGAUUCUAGCUGGUUUUUUUUAAGGUGUUAUUUUGUUAUUAUGGUCUACGGAUAAGUACAGUUAUUUGAGGCUUGUCUUCAAAUAGAUGACUUUAUCCGGAAUCUUAGAUGGGUCACAGCUCUUCGGGGCAUAUUGGUUUGGCCAGCCACGCUACUUUGACAUCAUCAGCUAUACGUCAUCAAUGACAGCACGCGAUAACUUUCUUUUUUAAUUAGAUUUCAGCGAAACAGGUAAAGUUUUUAUGGCUUUUACAAUAACUAUAUAGAUAGAUAAUUUGUUUAUUACAUUACCUUUGCUGUGCUUCGGGGUUUGAUAU